CCAAGAUCGCCCUGACGGACCUCCGUAGCCAUUUUGGCUCAAGCCAUUUGGUUCAAUUCAUCGGUUCAAGCAUUGUGGCCCAGACAAGACCGUCGUGGGUCGCGACGGGACGCCACGGCGAUGGAUCCAAAGGUUCAGCCCUUCAGUCCCUCGACCGGUGCACUUCUCACCGUAGACCCGGCAUUCACCAAAGCUCUCAAAUAUUUCCCAUGGCUGAAGGCUGUCAUGUGGGUGCAGUGGGUCGCCUUCACAUUGUACUUGUUUACGUUGCCCCUUUUGUCAGAUGCGAUGAACAACGGUGUUCGUUUAGGUGGCAUUCAAAUAAUUGACCCAAUGUGGCCGAAGUUAUGCAAAACACCUGCAGAUCAGAUUCACUGCGGAUCCCUGCAGAAUUAUACAGAGAUUGCUGUUGCGCUCGGGAGGCAGGUCGAUGGGCAGUACGUGGGGUGCGGAUGUGGCGAGGGCGUUCUGGGUGACAAUGCGUGCAUGGUCAACAUUCCGCAGAACUACCUUGCCGGGAAGCCGGACGGUUUCAGCGUCAGCUACUACAUCGGGACAGGACCCGGUACGGGGAGCAUGGCCGCCUUGAGCAGCCUUCCGAUCCUGGGAAUGUGGGGAUACGGUCUUGGCAGCUACGAUCAGUGGCUGCCCAAUGCAGGCCCGUGUUUCGGGUGGUAUCUCGGGAGAGCGGUGGCGGCAACGCUGACGACGUUCCAACUUGCAUAUGGCGGGUUUCUGAUGUGUACAUUUUGUGUUUACCCGACUAUGCAUUUUGCGUUCGUGGGCACCUUCAUUGCGUCCUUGGCUUUGCACUUUGUGCUGAUCGCCGUGAUCAUCUGCUAUUCUCGCAGUAAGACCGCGAUGGACAGCAGGCUCUCGCUCGCGAUCAUGGUCAUAACCGUGCUGGGAUCUUCGCUCAUGGUGAUUGGAACCUUGUGGCCAACGAGUCCGUCUUGGAUGGGGCAGCACGCCUUUUGGCUGGCCGAAUGCGUGGGACUUUCGACUGGCUCCCUGAUCGGGCCGCUGGUCUUCACGUAUGGGAGCACCGACGAGAGCACCACUGCCGACGAUGCGCUCCUCCAUUCCGAGUCCUAGCUGAUGCGGGCAGCUGGCGGAAGCCGCGGUGGUGUGACGAGGCGUUCUCGGUGCAGCGCUCCCGUGAGUUCAGCGGACUCGCAAGGGAGGAGCGCCAGUCGAGCAAGCUUGUCGGUUGCCAGGCAUUGUGUAGGGCAUGGGUGAACAAAUGGUCUAACAGCCAGGCAGCACAACAUUUACACAUGAACGGCAUUGGAACUUGUUGAUAUCCUGUUCUCUCCCUCUGCGUUUAGGCCAGCGCGCCGCCUUUUCCGCUGGGGCGGAGCCUCGCGGUGGAGCCUUGGCGAGAGCGAAGCUGCUUUCCCCCCCCCCCCCCCAAAAAAAAAAAAGAUCGCCCUGACGGACCAAGACUUUCUCAGAGGGCUCCAGACAGCCCAGGUGGCCCCCAAGUCGGC